AUGGCUGGAAUGGCACGAAAGGGUCCACGGGUCCGGAAUGAAGGGAAAGCCGAUUGGGUAUUCUCCGCACAGGCCCAUGCCAAGAGACCAGGCCGCGCUAAUUCAAUCAUCCAUCACCACUCGAUGCCUGACUCCUUCUGGUUCAUGAAACGUGCCCAGGUGGUCAUGUGUGAUUUCUGCCAGCGACAAUGA